GCGAUUUUACUGUUCUUAUAUUUAAAAAACUCUGCCACUCUCCUGUAGCUGCGCGGAUGGGCUGUGUAGCAGCUGCGCAGAGCGGAUGCUCACGAACACACCGCGCGCAGUCACAAGCGUGUUUGUAAACAUCAUUUAGCCUUAUAAGCAGACAAACAGAGAUGCUGCUUUCACACGACCCGACAGCCACUCAUAAUCCGCACGAGGACUACCAUACUCAGUUUAAUAUAGCUGUUAUUACUGAGCGAUGCUUCAAUUAAACCGAUAAACUUGAAUGAAGGUAUGAAGGAUUGUGUUUAGCCAGCAUGCUAACUUAGUUCACCUUAUGCCAAGGAACAACGGUUAGUCAGCUGUUUUGUAAUACAGUACACACUGAACCCAAGAGCCAGUCAAGAUGCCAUGGCCAUUUUCUGAGUCUAUUAAGAAGCGUGCCUGCAGGUACCUGCUGCAUCGAUAUCUUGGUAAUUUCCUCCAGGAGAAGCUCAGUUUGGACCAGCUUAGUCUGGACCUCUAUCAAGGCACGGGCUCACUUGCUCAAGUGCCGCUGGACAAAUGGUCCCUGAAUGAGACCCUGGAGUCUGUAGAUGCUCCAUUUGAGGUGAGUGAGGGCUUCAUCCAGGCCAUUUCUCUCACUGUGCCAUGGGCCUCGCUGCUCCAGGACAACUGUGCACUGGAAGUGAGGGGCUUGAAGAUGGUGUUCAGGCCAAGACCUCGAAUGGCAUCAGGCAUGGAGCCCAUGUGCUGGUCCAGCUUCAUGACCAGCAGUAUGCAGCUGAUGGUUUACUGUGAUGAGAGUGUGGAGGAGGGCUCCAGUGUCAAUAUCCAUCAGCCUACUACAUUUGCACAUAAAAACCUCACUCUGGAAGGUGCCUAUGUGUUCUGGGAUGAGUUUUCAGAAUCAGCACGUGCCGGCUUCAAAUCAUCCCCCACUCAAACAGAAACUGAACCGAAGCUUUCGCCGAGUUGGAACCCAAAAAUCAUCUGUGAGCCUCACCCUCAGUUCCCAGAACCUGUGUCUUCUAGUACACCAUUUGAGCCAGUGCAGAUGGGCUGCCUUUGUGGUAAACUGGAGCUGUCCGUGGUUCUGAAGCAAAACGAAGCCAUGCCCGGAGCUAAGUUGGAUAUUGAUGGGCAGUUUGAUUCUCUAAUCAUGCUGCUUUCACCACAACAAGUCCACCUCCUACUGGACAUGUUUGGGGUUUUCUCUAGCUCAGCCGUACAGGAGUGGUCUGCUAUAGGAAAGGAUAGAAAGAGUCGGCCCAUGCAGCAGGAGGAUGAGUAUCGUCUCCACAUGGAACUCAACCGCUGCCUGAAGAAAGACACCAUUACAGGUACCACUGACCAGGACCUGUUUGAAAGCCAGACCACCAGAACGGUGUCCAGUAGAGAGGAUGUCUUUUUCUCCAUGGCUGAUAUGGACAUGUCACACAGCCUGUCAUCUUUGCCUCCUCUUGGGGAUCCACCCACUGUGGAUCUAGAUUUGUCUGUAAAUAGCAACUACUCCGCCUCCCUGGGGGAGUCGCCAUCUGGAAAUGUAGCCAUGGUAUGGGACGAGUUCAUGGAUGUUCCUAGACAGAAGGAGAAGCAGACAAAUGAGAUGCCACAUCUUUCCAGAGAUUCUCAGCUUACCCACAAGUUGCUCCGGCAGACAUCUCAUCCAUCUAAAGGCCACUGUGAUGAGUCCAGGCCUGAGCUGGUUCUCAGGCUCACAGUGGGCAGUCUCUGCUUGUCUGUCCUCCAUAUUGACCCCCUUCCACCUCCAGACUCCUCCCGCAGCCAUCUUGCACCAAUGGCUUCAGAGUUUUUCCGUAUUCUGUCUGUAAAUCAACUCCCUCCUGGGAGUUUUCUGCAAUCACGAACUGUCUUUGAUGAAGCCUGUCCACAUGAUCAUCUCAGGUUCAUUGGUCAGGGAUUAAAGGUGACAUACGAGCACUGUCAAGGCUCCAGUGUACGUACAUUAAACACGGAUCUCUCUCUGAGCCAGGUGGAGCUUUUGGAAUGCCUGUACUCUACUGACAGCCACACUACACAGAGUGGAAUCCAGUACACCGAGCUUCUUACAUUCGAUGUCUCAGCCAGUAGUGAUUCUCCUCCUCCUAUAUGCCUACAUUUACUCUACAAACUAACAGAACGCAGAGGCCCGCAGGGCGGGCAGGUACGUCUGAGUACUAUACCUCGUAGGGCAGAAUUGCAAGUGGAGCUGGGUAAAGUGCGCUCGGAGUGUGAUGUCAGCAUUGUGGACAGGCUCAACUCCUUACUUCAGCCUCAGAAACUGGUUACCACGGAGAUGAUGGCAUCUCACAUGUACACCUCCUACAAUAAACAUGUCAGUCUGCACAAGGCCUUCGCAGAGGUCUUCCUGGAUGAUAGUCGUACCCCAGCACACUGCCACGUGUCUGUGUCAAUAAAUGCACCUCUACUGGUGCUAGUGGUGCGGUUUCCAAUCCCAGACCUGCGCUCGGAUCAGGAGAGGGGCCCCUGGUUUAAGAAGUCCCUGCAGAAAGAGCUGCUGCAGCUGGAGCUGGAAGAUCUGGAGCUCAAGACAGAGUUCACUGGAGGAAACUCAUCAGAGCAGACUAAGAUGGAGCUCACUUUCAAGGAGCUCAAUGGAUCAUUCCAAGAAGACAAAGAUCAUCCCGUAGCCAGGUUCUUACGAGUCGCUAACACCAUGGAGGAGGACAUGACAUCUUCCGACUGUGGCAAAUUCGACUGGCCUAGAGUGGUUCUGAAGGUGAACCCCAUGGCUGUGCGCUCCAUCUUAGAGCGUGUAACAGCUGAGGAAGAGGAGGAAGAAGCGGAUGGUCACUCACAAGAGGAAGAGGAGGAAGAAGAAGGAGCUGCCCACUCCCUGAAGGAUGUGUGUGAUUUUGGCAAACCUGAGCCAUCCCCUUUUUCCUCACGGCGUGUCAUGUAUGAGAAUGAGGAGAUGGUCAUCCCAGGAGAUGUGGUGGAAAUGACAGAAUUCCAGGAGAAAACCAUUAGCAACUCCCGCUAUAUCCUUGAGCUGUUUUUCCCCAAUGUGCAGCUCUCUUUGCCCAAUAAAGACUUUUAUGAAAAACUACACAACAGGAUUAAUAAUGACCUGCUGCUAUGGGAGCCCACUGCUCCAUCUCCAGUAGAGACGGUGGAGAACAUCCCGUAUGGGGUGGGUCUGUCUGUAGCCAGUCAACUCAUUAACACAUACAGUAAAGACAGCUUCAGUCAGUUCAGAUCUGCUGGCCCUGAGGAGGAGGAGAGUGGUUCUGAGGAAGAAAUCCUGCAGUAUUACACUCCUGCUGAACUGGGCUAUAGGAACAGGAGAAAGAAGAGGAGUAAGAUGCAGCCUAAGAACUCUCAGAGCCUCUUUUCCAUCGUCCUGUCUGUUAACCACGGCCUGCUGGCUCUGCACACACAGCUAAAGCAGGAUGAUAAUAGUGUGUUACCAAAAAAACACGGUGAAUUUUGGAUGGAGGUAAAAAACGGGACACUGUUUGGUGUGACGCAGCAUGAAGGCUACAAAGACCAGCAUUAUGUCUGCUUCCACACGUCUCAGGCCUGCCUCUAUCACCAAGGCACGGUGGAUGGAGAUGCCCCUGAGUGGAAUGUUAAUCUGCCCUGCAGGACGCGUCCUCAUUGGCUGGAGCCUGUGAUGUAUGCAUCUGAAUCUGCCCCAGAAAGGACAUCUCCCUCUGAGGGGCUCAGUUUGGAGCCCCAUAGCAUGCUGUCUGUCGCUGUUAAAAUUUCCUCCCACAACACAGAGCGCAAUGUCAAGGAGUUUCUCACAGCCAUUGGCAUGAGGGGAGUUACGCUGGAGCACAGAGUGGUGCCUUCAAGUCUGGGCUGGUAUGACCAGAUAGUCGACUUUUUAAAUGUGUCAAAUGAGCCGGUGCUUGGCUACACACCCCCAUCAUCUGUGUCCACCCUCCACCUGCAUCUGUGGAGCUGCUCACUUGAUUACAGACCUUUGUAUUUACCUGUGAGAUCUCUGCUGACUGUGGAGACCUUCAGCAUCUCUAGCAGUGUGUCUUUAGAUCAUUCUUCCUCCAGUCUGAGAAUAAUUUUAGAUGAUGCUGCAUUGUUUCUGUCUGACAAGAUCAAUGCUGUGUCUGUUAAUCUGGCACGAGACUAUGUCCAGGUGGUUGAUAUGGGGACUCUGGAAUUGAGGAUCACAGCAGUCAAACCAGGACCAGAUGGCAAAAUGACGGAGCCAAGGUUUGAGCUGCGUUGCUCCAGUGAUGUUAUUCACAUUCGCACAUGUUCAGACUCCUGUGCCGCUCUCAUGAACCUUAUUCAGUACAUAGCCAGCUAUGGAGAUCUACUGCCCCCUUCUGGACUGGAGGCUAAAUGCAGAAGCACUAAGCAAAGGGUGAAGACUGAAGCAGUGAGUCGCCCACCAGCUCAGGCACCUUUGCUUCCUGAAGCGGAGCAGCAGAUUCUUCAGGAUCUGAUGAGUGAUGCUAUGGAAGAGACCGACAGCCUGCAGAGUCAUAUGCUGCAACAGAACGGUGUCAACGAAGACCAUUCACAUGAUCAUGAGCCGCCCCGAUCUGAUCUCUUCCUUUUCCCUGAUGAGAGCGGAAACCUGGGGCAGGAACCAAACCCCACUUACCCAACCCUGCACUCCCCACUCAUCUCUCCUCCUGCCCCCUCUUUGCUCCACGACACUGAUGACUUCUGCAUCCUGGACACGCCGGGCUCCAGAGUACCGGAAAAGGAUGAGGAGCCUGUGGUAAAGAAGCUGAUCUCUGAACCCAUCCUUGUGAGGGAAGAACAUUUCAGUGUCUCUCUGGAGGGCAGCAGCUCUAAUAGGGGUCCGCUUCACUUCCCUGUGCCGGAAAUCAGAUACCUGAUCAAAGAGAUCUCUGUAGUGUGGCACCUCUAUGGAGGAAAAGACUUCUGUGGAGGCGCAUUGUCCUCAUCCCCAGCUCGCAGUCGAGGGUGCACUCCUCACAGCUCUCCAUCACAGACUCCUGUAAAACAGGUGAGAAGAGGCUCCCGUGCUGGAGGAGGAUGGGGCAGAAACCCUGAUGUUCUGAUGGAGAUUCAACUCAGUAAGGUGCGGUUCCAGCAUGAGGUGUAUCCUCAGAAGGCUCCAGAGGCAGGCGUUUUGAAGGAGCAGCUGGUGUCCAGACAGGUGUUCUCAGUGCAGGAUCUGGAGAUACGAGACAGGCUGGCCUCUUCCAUGAUGAACAAGUUCCUCUAUCUAUACUCCAGUAAAGAGAUGCCCAGGAAAGCUCACUCCAACAUGUUGACUGUCAGAGCCCUGCACAUGUGUCCAGAAACUGGACAGGCGCCUCAGGAGUGCUGUCUACGUGUGUCACUAAUGCCCCUCCGGCUAAACAUUGAUCAGGAUGCAUUGUUCUUCCUGAAGGACUUCUUCACCAGUCUGGCAGCAGAGGUUGAGCUCUUUUCCCCACCAGAGCAGGAAGCGUUCUAUGUGUCAGUGAAGAAGCCUCCUGCCCCUGAGAUUUCGUGCAAUUUUUCCAAGUACAACGGUGCAGCGGGUCAAGACCCUGCGCCCAUCAUCUCAGUGCCAACACAAAGCCGUGCCAGUCCAAGCCCCGUCCACACCUGCAGCCAAGACAGCACUGCUGAGACAGACACUGCCUCCACAUCUUUCACCGACCAGCCCAUAUUCUUCAGAGAGUUCAGAUUCACUUCAGAGGUGCCAAUUCGAUUAGACUACCAUGGAAAACACAUGGCCAUGGAGCAGGGCACAUUUGCUGGUAUUGUUAUUGGACUCACACAACUGAAUUGCUCGGAGCUUAAAUUACGGCGCCUGUGUUACAGACAAGGAUUACGGGGUGUUGACAAGCUCUAUUCAUAUGCCAUUAAUGAAUGGCUGAAUGACAUAAAGAAGAACCAGUUGCCAGGGCUUUUGGGAGGUGUGGGGCCCAUUCAUUCCCUGGUGCAGCUAGUUCAGGGUUUUAGGGAUCUGGUUUGGCUGCCCAUUGAGCAGUACCGUAAGGAUGGAAGAAUAGUUCGUGGCUUUCAGCGAGGCACCGCCUCCUUCGGAACCUCCACCGCAAUGGCAGCUCUGGAGCUCACCAAUCGGAUGGUGCGAACCAUACAGGCUGCUGCUGAAACGGCUUACGACAUGGUGUCUCCAGUGCCAGAUGAGAAAGAAUGCAAAAAGAUUAAACGGUACUCACAUUACUGUCUGGCCCAUCAGCCAGUGGACCUGAGAGAGGGGGUGGCCAAGGCAUACAGCGUAGUAAAAGAGGGCAUUACUGACACAGCCCUGACCAUUUAUGACACUGCGACACGUGAGCAUGAGCAGAGGGGCAUGACAGGUGCUGUGGGUGGAGUUCUGCGACAACUUCCUCCAGCUGUCGUUAAACCUCUUAUCGUUGCCACAGAAGCAACAUCCAAUGUGCUGGGCGGCAUGAGGAACCAGAUUCACCCAGAUGCACGUCAAGAAGAGUCCCAGAAAUGGCGCUUGGGGGAAGAGUGAGCUAUGUUCUAUGAAAUUUACUCUGGUGGCCUGCAUUACAUCAAAAUCGAUAUUCGUUCUGGCCUAUCCGCCUACAAUAUGUGUGCUGGCUUUGUUUUAUUAGUGUGUUAAUGCUCGUCAAGACCAUUUGAGACCAGUUUUUCGGUUUUGCCAUUUAUGCUUUUGUUUAAAGCAGUCUUGGUGUCUCGGUGGCAGACAAUUAAAGGCUGUGGUAGCAGAAGUCUAAUCCCCAAAUGAAGUAUCAGAGGAAGACUGGAGCUUUUUUCUCAGCAGCACUUGUGUGUGACGUUUACUGUAACUGGAGUCAUCGAGACUUGUAUCUCAAAGCCGCAAAACUGGAGACGCACAGCUCCUGCUGGAGUACAUUUAACUAGAUGGGUUUCUUCUCACUCCACUAUCAAACGUCCUUGUAGUGCCUUCAUGUCAUAGUUUAAUAAUAUCAUAUGAUCAUCUGUUUUAGGAAUGAGAUGGUGUAGUGUCUUUUGGGGAACAUGAUUACUGCACCAUUGGUUUUUCACAUUAUUCAGUUUUAAACAUGUCCAUCACAACUGAACUCUUGAAAUUCAAAAUGAUGUGACUUGUGCUGGUUACGUCAUGACGUCUUAUGUUGGAUGCAAGGGAGAAUCUCACAACGAAAAGUCGGGGUCAUAUUUUACCCCAAAAUCGCUAGGAAAAAAAAUUACAUUGUCUUUAUGCACUAUGAAACCUAUUUAAGGAUCAUCAAUUUUUUGUUGUUGUUUUAAUACCCCCUCACACACAUUCUUAAUACAGUCAUUUAAG